AUGAGAACUUCUAAAAAUACUUCUCAUUUGAAGGCUGAAGCACUUCUCGCCGGUGAAAUUCAGGCUGUUCGGCAAUACCAUAACUACCAAGACCUUCCAUACCCUGAGCCAAAAUGCACAGUGCUGCUUGGGCCGACUUUGUACACGUAAUAUAUGACGUUGAAUCGAGUGCACGAAGUGAGCGCCCUAUGUCGAGGAGAUCUGAAAGGAGUCCUUCGAGAAGAGCAGGAAGACGAAGGUCGUAGGGUAGGUAUAGUGGUCAGAAGAAGUGUAUCGCAGCCUUCUGGAGCUAUCAAGCCGUCCUUUGAGGAAGGCGAGUCAAAACUACAGGCGACCGAAACACCCAAAGAAGGUUCUAGAGCCGAAGCGGCUGGAGAACCGAUAAUAUACACCAAGCCAGCAGGAAAUUCAAAUAUACAAUUUAAUGUAGAACCCGAUGCAUCGAUUUCUGUUAAUGUUCUUGGUGAACGUGCUCGUGCAGGUGGAGGCGAGGGUGAAUAUUUCACAGCAAGCAGUUCAACUAGUGAUUCGGAUACUAUUCUUGCCGGAACGGAUAACUCUUCUACCUUGCGUGCUUCACAGAUAUAA